AUGGACCUCUUCUCCCUGCAGAACAGCACCGCCCUGGUCACAGGCGGCACACGAGGCAUCGGCCAACAAAUGGCCAUCGCUCUCGCCGAAGCCGGCAGCGACAUUGUCCUCGUCCAGAGAGACCCCACAAACCACACAACAAAACACCAAAUCGAAUCCCUCGGCCGCAAGGCAACAAUCUACGACGCAGACCUAUCCUCCCGGGAGUCCGUAAGCGCACUGACGCCGCGCAUCCUCGCCGACGGGCACGACAUCAACAUCCUCGUCAACUGCGCAGGGAUCCAACGGCGACACCCGAGCCACGAAUUCCCAGACGAAGACUGGGACGCAGUGCUGCAGACGAACCUGACGACGAUCUUCACGCUGUGCCGCGACGUAGGCCGGUACAUGCUCACGCGGCCGGCCGACGACCCGCAACAGCGCGGCACCAUCAUCAACGUCGCGUCGUUGGUCUCCUUCCAGGGUGGGCUGACGGUGCCCGCCUAUGCGGCGGCCAAGGGCGGCGUGGCGCAGCUCACCAAGGCGCUGAGCAAUGAGUGGGCGGCGCGCGGGGUGCGCGUUAACGCUAUUGCGCCUGGUUAUGUUGCGACAGAGAUGAAUACUGCGCUGCUGCGGGAUGAGACGCGGGCUAAGAGUAUUUUGGAUAGGAUUCCGGCGGGACGGUGGGCGAGUCCGGAGGAUUUUAAGGGGGUCACGGUUUUUCUGGCCGGGAGGGCUAGUGCGUAUGUUUCGGGAAGUGUGGUUGUUGUGGAUGGGGGGUGGAUGGGGAGGUGA